CAAAAUGCAUCUUGCCACAGUUUUCAUUGUAGUCUGCGCCACAUUGACAGUCUCCCUGGCUAGUCAUCAUCACCAUGACAACGCUCACUACAAAUUUGAAUACGGCGUCCACGACCCCCACACCCACGACAAGAAGUCGCAGCACGAGCAGAGACACGGCCACCACGUCCAUGGAGGAUACGAAUUUAAAGAGCCCGAUGGCACACAUCGCGUUGUUAAGUACAUCUCUGGGCCGCACAAGGGUUUCGAGGCCAUAGUAGAGCGACGUGGUCAUGCCCACCAUCCCGGUCACCACGGUCACGGACACGGCGGCACCAGUUACGUGGGUGUGACCCACUGGGGCAACCAAGGGGAUGACGGCCACCAUCACCACCACCACCACCACUAGACGACCAAAUGUUUAUUUAUG